AGCCGCGGUGGGCGUCAUUCUGACAUUCAUAAUCUCGCCGUCAGUCGCCCGGCUGACUUUCCAUUCUCCAUUGACUUUCACGUUUUUCCAGCCUCAGGAACGGCUUUGUGUGAUGUGAGAUCUCGUGGUUGCGGCGGCGGCGGCGAGAGGCAUGGUGGAUGGAAGGAUGGAGAGAGGAGGAGAAGUGACACAACCGCCGAUGAGGAGAAGAGGGGGGGGGGGAGAGAAAUAAACUGAAGACAGAGAACUGAGAGAUAAUGAUGGGGAAGAGGAACUGCCGAGGAACAUUAUUAGAUGCGGAAAAAAAGACCGCCAGACACAAAGGCUCUGCUGAAACCUGGGAUCUCCGGCGCGGCGAGAAAAGUGCGAUGAAGGAAAACUAAGUGAAUGGAGGUGCGAAGAGACGGCGAGGAGCGCUGACGGGAUAGGGAUGUGAGAGCCGAGGGUUAGCUAAGAUAGAUGGAGCGGAGAAGACAAAGACCUCGGCCAAGGAGAAGAAAAUGGCAAUGGUCUCUUCUGAGUAGGAAAAUCCUUCAUGGCUCAACUUACCGAUGAAGAUCUGGAUGGACUUCCUGGGCGGGACGUCCAAGGCGUCUCGCCGGACGGGCGAAGGGUUUGGAUCGCCGCCUUCUUGAGUUUCAUUGUCCUCUUGACCGCCGCGGGCAACUCUCUUCUCAUCUUGCUCAUCUUCACCCAAAGGUCCCUUCGGAACACUUCCAACUACUUCCUGGUGUCCCUCUUCAUGUCGGACCUCAUGGUGGGCCUGGUGGUGAUGCCGCCGGCCAUGCUGAACGAGCUCUACGGCCGCUGGGUCCUGGACGGCGCCUUCUGUUGCAUCUGGCACUCCUUCGACGUCAUGUGCUGCAGCGCGUCCAUACUCAACCUCUGCGUGAUCAGCCUGGACCGCUACCUGCUCAUCAUCUCGCCGCUCAAGUACAAGCUCCGCAUGACCUCCUGCCGGGCCUUGGGCCUGAUGUUGGCCACCUGGACGUUGGCGGCGCUGGCCUCGUUUCUACCCAUCAAGAUGGGGUGGCACGAGCAGAACUUGGAGGCGCCGUCCUCGAACUUGACCUCUGCCGCGGAGGAGGAGAAGCAGUGCCGGCUCACGGUCAGCCUACCCUACGCUCUGAUCGCCUCCUGCUUGACCUUCUUCCUGCCGUCGGCGGCCAUUUCCUUCACCUACUGCCGGAUUCUGUUGGCGGCCAGGAAACAAGCCGUCCAGGUGGCCGCCUUGACCACCAACAUGCCCAACGCUACUGAAGACCACACACAGGUUCUCGCGCUUCCGGCCCCUGAAAGUCGAAAGUUCAUCACCAAACACAGCAAGAAGGCCCUGAAGGCCAGCCUGACCCUGGGCAUCCUGCUGGGCAUGUUCUUCGUGGCGUGGCUGCCCUUCUUCGUGGCCAACUUUGUCCAGGCGGUCUGUGACUGCGUCCCCCCCGGAUUUUUCGAUGUGCUGACCUGGCUCGGCUACUGUAACAGUACCAUGAACCCCAUCAUCUACCCGCUCUUCAUGAGGGACUUCAAGAGAGCCAUGGGGAAGUACCUACCUUGCUGCCGGCGGUCCCGGGUCAUCUCCUUGUCGGUGCGCAACUCCAACAGCGCCCCCCACCUGGGGCUAUCCCUGAGGAACGUGCUGACCCUACGGGGGGGGGAGACCGACUCCAUGUACUCCGCCACCCUGGGCAACGACCACCUACUGCCCCAUUAUAAGGACCUCAGUACCGACCCGCUACCGGUCACCGCCGCCGACUCCGUCAACCUCUUUGACCUGGAGCAAGAGAUGCAGGUCCACCAGCUGAACACACCUAUGGACUGAGGGGUCCUGGAGGCCCCCCGGGGGCCCCCUUUGUACUGCCCACCCUCAUCCCCAUCUCACUGACUUUUUUGUGUCAAACAUUUUAAAGAUUUUGGAUAUAUAAUACCGGAUACCGGAUCAUGGAGGAUACCGGAUACCGGAUCAUGGAGGAUAUGGAAUACCGGAUACUGGAUCAUGGAGGA